GACCCAGUAGUUUUUUUUCCUUGACUUUUACCUCUUAUAUGGUUCAAAAUUUUACUGUGCGCCCUUUUCUUUUUACCAGGAGGUUUCAAGUUCUCGAUUGUUCUUCCCAACUUUAAUCACCGAUCCACCGCCUCGACUUCCUCCAUAGCUUUAAUCCUCUUCCUACUGCCACCGACUACAUGUUUCCUUACCUUAGAUCCCUCCACCGCCUAAACCUCCGACAUAUGUGUUUCGAUUUCGUCUACAACAUCACCAAUGAACCUGAUUAGCAAGAUAGACGAAAUCAAACUUCAAAAAACAUACCUGAAUUUCAAGGUGGAGGUGUUCGAACGACGGUGGUGCGAUGGUUGGGGGUUCGAUGCUGCUCCUGUUGUGUGGUGUGCGAGAGCUCGCCCAAUCACGUACGGUUGCUUCCACCGCCUUCUACUUCUUUCAUCCACUUCCGUAUUUUGGAGAUGGCUGGCUUCUUCUCCCACCGUCUCUCUCAACAAAUGUUUUCUUUUUUCUUAUGCUAUAAAGAUUCAAGGUGGAAAGUGCCACUCAACAACGUCAUCGGAGAUGUGAAGGGUUUGUCUUGGAAACACGAGUACGCUGAUGUUGACGCCGCACGUGCACAGAAUGUUACGAGGAGGCGAUCGCCACUGAGGAAGAAUCGAAGCGUGAUAUGGAAGAGGUUCCUCUUUUCUUAUUCUCAUUCGGAAUUGAUUAUCAGAAAAAAAUCAAAAGGGGAGGGUUGCUACUUUUUUCUCCUGAGGUAUAUUGAUAUGUGUAUGCUUGGCAAUGGCAGGAAAGAAUCGUGA